GAAAGGUACACACAGCGCGGAAUAUUUGACAGCGAAAGAACUUUAUGGUCUGAAUAUUUAUCUGUAAAUUGGUAUAAAAAUAAUGUAGAUAUAAAGCCUUGUUGAGAGUAUUGAGAAUCAAAGAUGUCACAGCGAAUGAAUCAUCGCGUGACUGCGGACAUCGUUCCAAUGGAUGACAUUGAGUAUGAUGAAGUGGAUGACAUUCAACCACUGCCCAAGCGUAAUUUGCUAAAGGACUUUGGGCGUCCGAGCAUGCUAGAACAUCCGGCUCCAAAUGAUCACAUGCCAGUUUACCUACGCAUCAGGCCAUUCUCCAGAGAUGAGUUGGAGAAAGACGAAAAUCAGGAUUGUUUUUCUGUGGAGUCAGAGAGGACAGUGGUCACACAUCCCCCAAAAGAUUCCCACUUCUUCAAAAACAUGACCAGAGGACUGUGUAAAUCUAUUACCAAGUAUACCUUUUCACAAAUCUUCAACGAAAACACCACUCAGAACGAUUUCUUCAACUCCACUAUGCUGAACUAUGUGAAGGACUUUAUUGAUGGUCAGAACUGCUUGGUGUUCUCCUAUGGUGUGACUAAUUCAGGGAAAACUUACACAAUUCAGGGAAACCCCAAGGAUGCAGGCAUCCUACCACGAGCCCUGGAUGUUUUGUUCAACAGUAUCGGUGGACGUCAGUGGGAGGGCAUGAACCUGAAGCCCCAGAUGUUUGUGGAUGUCACCCGUCUCUCACAGGAGCAAGAACAACAGGAAAUUAAGAUCAAGGAGAGCAUACUGAAACUCAGUCAAGAUGAUGACAUGGAUGUGAUGAGCCUUCUGGGAGAUUGUGCAUCAGACAUUUCCUCAGCAACUAACAACACUGCGUGUUCAGACAGUUCAAACAUCUCGUCAAUGCCUAAAGACUCGAUCGACUCGAGUGAUUACCUGUUCAGUCAACUGGAGACUAGAGUCAGGGAGGAUGCAAAAGUGUCUGUGGAUGAACAGGGGGCGGUCAAGUUUUCCGUCUGGGUCUCUUUCGCCGAGAUCUACAAUGAACAGAUCUAUGAUCUUUUGGUUCCGCUCGCAAAGAAGAAGAAUGCCAGACGGACAUGCUUGAAGCUGAGUGAAGAUCGGAAUGGAUCUCCGUACAUUAAGGAUCUGAAGUAUGUCCAUGUGAGCUCAGCAGAUGAGGCUUACAAGCUCCUGACCAUUGGCCAGAGAAAUCUUCAAGUGGCCUGCACAAAACUCAACCACAACUCUUCCAGAAGUCACUGCAUCUUCAACAUAAAGAUUGUGAGAGUCAUCGACAAAGACAACCCUCAUGUAGCAAGAGUAAGCAUGUUAACUCUAUGCGAUCUGGCUGGAUCAGAGAGAUACAGUAAAACGCACAAUACUGGAGACAGACUAAAGGAGGCAGGCAACAUCAACAACUCCCUGCUUACACUCGGCAGAUGCAUAGAGACUCUCCGAUACAACCAGGCCCACAAGGAACACAGCAGAAUAAUCCCAUUCCGCGAGUCAAAAUUGACCCGGCUUUUCUCCAACAACUUCAUGGGGCGUGGGAAGGCAGCCAUGGUUGUCAAUGUCAAUCAGUUGGCCAGCAUGUUCGAUGAAACCAUGCAUGUGUUCAAGUUCUCGGCUAUUGCUAGCAAGGUUGAGGUACACCAGAAGCCAGUGUUCAUCAAGCCCAAACUACCAGUAAGCCAGAUGCCCGCUGCCAUCCCCAGAACAUCAAUCAGCUGGGCCACACCAGCACGAAACCACAAGCUGGAACAGGCCAAGGCAGAAAAUGUUUCUCUCCCGGAUGAUGAUGAUGAUCUUGAAGAGAUAGAAGAGUCGGAGGAGGAUGAGACAAUAUACACGCAGGAGAAUAUUGAUGAGCUGCUGGGCAUUAUUGAACAGCUCCAGAAUGACUUGCAGAACGAGGUUCACAGCAAGUGGAAGUUGGAAAAACAGAUACGCGCCCAGGUGUGUGAGGAGAUGAUGAAACAGUUCUCCAAGAUUGAAGAGGAACAUAGUGAGCGACUGAGAUUGCGAGAACAGCGUAUUGAGGAGCUAGCUGAUAAACGUAUUGCGAUCAUCCAAGCGGCAGAGCGAGCAAGGAGACAGGAACUUGAGACGUGUAAAGAUGAUGAUGAUGAGUGGGUCUCGUCGGUGGUGCUACAUCAAGAGAAGGUGAAAAAUGAGCAAAAAGAUGAACUCAUCAAGGAGCUAAGGAAGGAAAUAAAAAUACUGAAAUCAGGGGGUGUGCCAGAGUCAGCUAUGGAGGUAGACCAGUCAGAGAAUGUCUCACAGCUUGAAGAGAAGGUCUCCACACUGCAGGCUCAGCUGGACAAGGCUACGGCUGAGAUGAGCAACAUGGAGGAAUUGAAAGCAAAGGUGACGGAAUAUGAGGAGAAGAUCGCUGCUCUGGAGAAGAUGUCAAAUAAGACUGAGGAUGCAGCCAGUGAUGGUGAUGAUGGUAAUGAUGAUGUGGUUGAGAACCUGACUCAGCAACUCCAGCAGGCCCGGGAACAUAUCAAGGACCAGGAAGGGGAGAUCUCUGAACUGAAUGAUAUGUUGACGGAGGCUGGUGAGACAUUUGAACAGAAGGAAGUAGAGAUCACCAAACUGAAGGAGCUCAACACCGAGUAUGAAAACAGCAUGGAGCAACAGCGAGAAGCCAUUAAAGUUCUUGAGAGGGCUGCUGCAGAUGGCAAGGUUGCCAUGGAAACUGCUGACCAAUCACUGAGCAAGCAGGAGGAAUGCGUGUCCACUCUGCAGGCGGACAUUCGGGAACUUGAAGGUGAAGUGAACAAAUAUCGGAACAAGGCACGAUUCUUUGAAGACCAGCUUGUUGAGAAAGAACAAGAAGCCUCUCGGUGGAGAAGCCAGUACGAAAAUGCCCAGAAAGAGUAUGCAUGUAGUCAGGAUGCCCUUAUCCAUGGUUUUAAUAGCGAAAUCGCCAAUCUAAAGUCCCAGAUCUUCCAAUACAAGGCACAGAUUUGUGGUGUAAAGUCUCCAUCAAAGUCACCUGGUGGAUCAUUAAAGUCUCCUGCAAGCUCUGGGAAAUCGCCUGAUGUAAGAAUGAAAUUAUUCCCAAUGUCGCCUUUGAAUACAUCAUCGAAUAGCAGCGGUAUCAGCAGUUCCCCGAAAGAAUCUAUGAAACAUGAUGUUAAUGAACAAGUCAAAGCUAUUCAGUGUGAGCUUAAUAAGAAUUGUAAGAUGGUGCAAGAUUUAGAAAAGGCUCUAGAUGCUUCGAGGUCCACAAAUGCUCAGCUGGAAAGGAAAAUUGAAGAACUGUCUGUAAAGAAAAGUGAAGAUGAGUCGAAUGCUACGAGAGUUGAAACUUCUAAUGCCUCUGAUAAGGAUGUGAAGAUUAUAACAUUGGAAAACAAGAUCAAAGAGCUGGAACCACUCAUGAAAGAUUAUUUUAGCACAUCAAAGAAACUGACAGAUUCUGAGAAGAAACUGAAAGAAAUGAAUGAAAAGCUAGAUGAUAAAAUAAACCAGAUCAUUGGGUUAGAAGAGAAAGUCCAAAACCUUGAACAGAGUAAUGUUCAGUUGGAAACUGAUUUGAUUACUAAAGAAGAAGCAGUUAAUGGGCUUGAGAAACAUGCAGAAGAACUAGAGAUUCUAAACAAAGAAUUGAAAGGAAUGAUUGAUAAAACUGCAACUGAUCUUGAAUCCAAAGAAAAAGAAAUCAAAAUUCUGUCUCCAAAAGUUGAAAAGAUGCAACUUGCAAUGAGUAGUGAUAAGACUGAAAACAACAAAGAUGCUCUCCUGAAGGAACUUGAAGAGAAAGACAAGGCAAAUAAACUACUUAGAGAUAAAUUGCAGAAAAUGAAGGCCUACAUUAAUGCCAAAGAAUGUGCAUUGAAAGAGGCAACAGAAACAUGUUUUGAAUAUGAAUUCAAAAGUAAUGAAAAGGAAGUGGAAAAUGAAGGUCUUGUUCAAGAACUGGAAGAGAAAGAAAAGAAAAUAAUUGAUUUGGACACAUCCAGAGUUGGAAAAGCAACAAUGCUGAAAGAAACCGGGGAAGAACUUGCUGUUAUUGGCCAUGAAUAUGAGAAAGCAAAAAGGAUGAUUGAAGAAUACAAGGUAAGUAUUCAAGACCUUGAAAAUGCCCUUGCAAACAAAGAAGCAGAGUUGAUAAAGCAGGACAAAUUGCUAGAUGAUAAGGCAAGAGAAAUAGUUGAUCUCAAGAAGAAAGUGGAUCAUAUUAAAGAAAAUAGCUCUGUCUUGAAGCAAGAUCAAGAGAAAUUGUCAUCAUUGAAAGAUGAUAAUCUAAAACUUGAGAAAGAACUUGCAAAUCUAAAAGAGAAGAUGUCAGAAGUAGAAAAAAGGUAUCAUGAUGAUAAGGAAGAGGUAUUAAAAGAAAUGAAAGACAAAGUGGAUGAAUUAACUGACGCAAAACAACGCUGUGAGGAGAAAUUGGAGCUUGCUGAAAAAGAAAAUGCAAAUCUGAAAGAAGCACUGACAGCUAAAGAGAGUGAACAACAGAAAUAUAAGAUGGAGAAAGAAAAACUCACAGACAAAAUUUACCAAGAGGUAGAAGUAGUGAAAAAUGAAAUGGAAGAAGUCCGAGAUGAUAUGACUACAAUUCAUGAGGAUUUACACAGAAAGGCUGUUGAACUUGAAGACAAAAAUGCAGAGCUAGAAGCUCUGCAAGCUAGUUUUAAUGAAUUGAAGCAAAGUAUAGAAAAAAAUUCAACAAAGGAACAAUUGAGUAGCGCUAUGUUAGAAAUUACUGAACUGAAAAGCUCACUCCAAAAGCAGAAAACACAUCAUCAUAAAGUAAAGGGAGAACUAGAGGAAGCUCUUAUGACCAUUGAAAGCAGUAAGCAUGAAAUUGAAAAUUACAAAAAAGAAAUUGAUACCUUCAAAGAGCUUAAAGAAGAAGUAGAUAACAGAAAUGAUGAACUGGAAGUAUCAGAGAAUGUUAUAUCGGAAUUAAGAGAAGUUAUUAAAAGAAGGGAUGAACAGAUGGAAGAACUACAUGGUGAUCUGAGAAAUCUCACAAAGGAUCAGAGAGAUAAAGAACAGAAAAUAAAGGUCUUUGAAGAAAAAUUUGAAAAACUUGAAACCAAGUUAUCUGGAGCAGAACUGACUUCUCAGAAAAUAGAGGAGCUUGAAACUUGCUUGGCAAAUGAAAGUGCAAAAAAAUCAGAGUUAGAGCAACAAUUGGACAAAGUGAAGGGCAUUGAAGAGAAGUGUUUAUCAUUAGAAACAAAAUUGGCAAAAGCUGAAUCAAAGAUUGAGGAUAUGGAUAUGUUAGAGGAAAACUUUUCGCAGACUGAUUCAAAACUUGAAGAAGCUGAGCAAAAACUUGAUAAAUAUGAGAAAGAGAUUAAAUUAUUAAAAGAAAAAUUAUCUGCUAGCGCAAAUGAACUGAAGGAAAUGAGAAUAGAAUUAGAGGAACGAGAGAAUGCAUUGCAGGAAAAAGAAAAGAACCUAAUGGCCUUGGAUUCAAAGAAAGUGGAAGAUGCCCAAGAUGCAAAGGUACAAUUACAUACAAUGGAAGAGGAAAAUAGCAAACUGAAAUCUGAACAGGUGGAAUUACAUAAGCAAUUAGAGAAAAUGAACAAAAUUGAAAUGGAUGCAUCCAAUUUGAAGGAUGUUAAGGUACAAUUACAUAAUAUGGAAGAGGAAAAUAGUAGACUGAAAUCAGAACAGGUGGAACUUCAUAAGCAAUUGGAGAAAAUGAACAAACUUGAAACAGAUGUAUCCAAUUUGAAAGAUGUGGUGCAAUCAAAGGAGCAGCAGAUUAAAAACUGGAACGAAAAGAUAAAUUCUGUUUCAUCACAGUUUAAUAGGAUAUGGUUGUGCAUUGGACAAUCCAAUGAUGAUAAUUCAUUUGAAAACUUGGACUCUCAAGUGGAUGAAGUAUGUGAACAUUUGCAGAAUAUGCAGAAAAGGAACUCAGAAAUGGAAGAUAUGUGCAAUAAACUAUCAGUUGAACUGACAAGGAUGAAAUCUAAAAAGCAUGAUAACAUGUCAGAUUUGGACAAGAAAGUGCAAACAUUUUCUGCGGAAAUACAAGAACUCAAAGAGGAAAAUUGUAAAUUAAAAGCUGAGACACUUGAGAAAAAAAAUGUCAAAGAAAUAGAAAAUGAAUUGAAGAGUCAGUUAACAUUGAAGGAGGUAGAAUGUGAAACACUGACAUUGGAAAUGAAACUUUUGAAGGAAGAGCAUUCAACACUGAAAGAAAAAGUGGAAGAAUUAGAAAAGAGACUCAAGGGUGAUAUUGACACUGUGAAGGAGGAGUCAGAGAAAUCUGAUGAUGGCUGUGAUAAAACAAAUCUAGAAAAGGUUGAGGAGUUACAGAGACUUUACAAUGCUGAAAAGCAUAAGAAUGAAGAGUACCAGAAACUUUUAGCAGAAACAAGUGAGGCUCAUUGCAUGAGCCCACAGACUGGAGUGAGAAAACUUAGGAAAGAAAAGAUAGAGACAGAAAAUGCACUGUUAGAGGCAAAGUACAAGAUAGGUACACUAGAAAAGAAAAUAGCAGACAUGGAAGUUAAGUUGAGAAAUGCGACAACAGUCAGUGGGGUUGUUUCGACUGGUAAUGGAGUGAUGGGAGAUCGUGUUCAGGAAAGGAGGAUGAACAGUUUGAUAGGAAAGGUGCAGGAACUGGAGGAACAGAACAAGGGGCUGAUAAGGGAGGUCACUCAGCUACAGGGAGAUGUCACCAGGUUGGAGGCGGAGCUAAGUGAAGAGCAGUCCAGAGGAUCUGGUCGAGAGCAUGAGACACCGCGCAGGUCCCGAGCCUCUUACCUGUCAGUCGAGACACGACAGUCCAUCAGCAGCCCUGUAUCCAAGCUGGAACUCAACAAGAGUAAGGAGCGAGAGCAGCAGUUGAAGGAUCAACUCCGAGAGGUGGUAGAUACCAAUCUGGAGUGGAAGGAGAAGCUGGCUGAAAUAGAGACCAGGCUCCAGCUUAAAACACAGGAAUUGACUCACGCCCGGGACACCAUAGCCAGGCUAGAGGCUGAGAGCAGUGAAAGUGGCCGAGCCCUGGACAAGCGUGUACAGGAAUACAUGGACCAGAAUAACGAGUUGAAGCUGCAGAUUCUGCGCAAGGAAGGAGAGAUCGAGAGCAAGGCCAUUCUCAACAAGAAUCUGCAGGGACAGCUGGACUCUGAGACUGGGGUGCUGAAAUCACUGGAGAAUGAUCGCCAGAACCAGUUAGAUAAAGUAGAGGUUCUGCAGGGUGUGCUGAAAGAACAAGAAGAAAUGUUGGAACAACUUGACCAGCUUGUGGAGAGGAAGGAGACAGAGCUACAGAACUGUGAAGCUGAUUACCGUGAGAUACGAGACAAGUACCAGGCUUUGCUGGAAAAGGGCAGUCCUGCAUCGGAGGAUUCCAAGGUUACAGAACAGUUGAAAGCUGAACGCGACAUGCUUAAACAUCAGGUGAAGGACAAUGAAGUGAAGCUUGAUGAAAUGAGGGGGAAACAAGCAUCCCUGUCGUGCGAGUUAAAAGAGUGCCAAAAGAACCUGAAGGAUGCAGAAAAACAAAUAGCCAAACUAAAUUCUGUUGUGAAAGAAAACAACGAGGAACUGAAGGCUUUGGAGUGUUCCCUUACAGAAUCUCGAAAGCGUGAGGAAGACUUACAUAGUCAGGGGACAGACAAGAUGGCUGCCACACACAUUGAGGAGAUGAAACGGGACACUGAGAAAGCUGCCCAGGAACUGCAGGCCAAAAUCAGGGAUCUUAAAUGUCAGAAAAAGGAAGUGACAUUCCAGCUGCAAACCAAGGAGAAGGAGUUAUCUGCCAUGAUGGAGGAAAAGGCUACAUUGGAGAAAAAACUACAGGAUUUCCGAGUGGAGAGAGAUAAACUUGUAGAAGGCCUGGAAGCUGUUUUGAAGAAGAAAGAUUCAGAAGUCAAACAACUGAAAGAUAUCAUCAAACAGCAGAAGGAAAAAGAAAUGCAGAUUACCCAGUGCUGGCAGGAUGAGCGAGCAAAGAUAGCAUCUAACCUGCAGGAGUUGAACCAUACACCCGGCCUACAGGUGAAGCCAGAACCCAAGACACCCAUAUCACCACCACAACAGCACCGCAAUCCUGACCCCUCUGAAACACCAGUCCGCCACCGUUCCCCUGUCAAACAAAACUCACGAAACCCCCCUCCGAGACCAAGUCCACCGAAAAGCACCAACCAAACUGAAGAAGAAACUCCACAAAUGUCGGAACCUGAGAUUCAGACUUUUGAUAAAUCACCGGGGAGCCAGAGAAGACGAGGCCGCACUACACGGGAAGGCUCAACAAGUGAGGAAUCUGCAGAGAAGUCAAAGCGAGGCUCAUCUAGAAGGGGAAAGAAGCGACCAAGCUCAGAAGGCUUAGAGAAUCUUCCCCCUGUUCCAAAGCGCCAGAGUCGGGACAGUAACCCAGCAGAUACCUCAGCGAUUUCCGAGAGUGACGAUUAUUCCUCUCAUGUACAAGUCGAUGCCACCCCCCCAGUAGCUGCCAAGACUAUGCGACGUACACGGAAAAGAAAUGGGUCGACUCAGGAUUUGUCAAAGAACGAAGAGAAUGAGGGUCCCAGGCGUCCCCAGAGAGCUUCAAAGCGAUCAGCCAAACACCGACUUCUGGAAUCCUUCCGGGAAUCUCCUAUGGGUAGGACUAGUAAAAGGAUAUUGGACAGCAUAUCAGAGACAUUCAGUCCCAACAAGUCACCAAACAAAUCCCCAGUGAAAUCACCAUUGCGGGAAGAUAACUCCAGGAAUGUUCAAUCGCGGGAAAAUUCCCGUUCCCGGGAAAAUGUGGGAAAUGAUCCCCAAUCUGAGAAAAAGUCUGCGGGUCGAGGGCGAGGAAAGCAUCGUCUGUACAAGGAGGAAACAUUCAUCUCUGAGCCUAUGGAUACAACCAAGGACUUUGUGCAGACGCCACCAGACAUUCACCAGACUGUCACAAGAAGUCUUAGAAGCAGACGACACUAAUCAAGUAGAACCAUCCCUGAUCUUGGGACUCAAAAAUCAAGCUCAGCAGGUUUUAAUCAAGUAGGCCCUUGGCAGCUUCAGGACAGAAAAUCAAGCCCAGCAGACAACAAUCAAGCAGGAUUUCAGAAUAUAGAGAAUCAACAAGCAACAAGUCUAGCUCAUUAGAACAUUGUGUCAUUUCUGAGAAAGUGACAUUGAUCUAGCUAGACAAAAACUAAUGUAUCCCUGUGCAAACAAGUUUUGUGCAAGCCCUCAUCAAUGCAUCAGUGCACUGAAAUCUUCUUGUUAGUGUAGGGCUGAUGGAUUAAGUAUAUUUCAAACUUAUGUCAAAAUUAGUUAAUAAAUCAUAUGUCAACUUUUGGCCCAAAUUUCUCGAAAUAUCUUAAGCAGAACAGGUUUAAGUAUGAUAUUUCAUUUAGCUAAGUGACUUCAUUAAACUUUAUUUUAUUAACCAAAACAUAGUUAAAGUUUAUAACGAUCAUUUUCAGAACAGCUUUUACUUAAAACUCUCUAAUCUCAAUUUAUACCAAAGCAAACAAGUCAGCUAAGUUUGUUCCAGAUACAGGACAUUUGCAGUACAAUUGUUCGGGAAAUCAGGGCUUACUGCAUUUUAAGGAAAGAAUCUCAUUUUAGAACUUGACAACAAAACGGUCUGUGAUGAAUAGCCAUAAAUAUUUCAGCAUUUAUUUCAUAUUGCUAGCAGGUACAACAGUGUAUAAACAUAUGUACAGGAUAUUGUAACAUGUAAUUUAUAUCAUUGCUUUUUUAUGCAGAACGUGCCUGUAAUCAUACAGUACAUUGACAUGAUAAACGAGGAAGAUACACAUUACACAAUAUAUUAUGUUUAUUUUUAUGUUCAAGUACUUUUACCCACAUUUAAGUCAGAACAGUAUACCCGCACAGUGUUUGUUUUGUCUCCUGUUUAAAGUGGCAUUUAUUUAGUCCCAAACUUUUUUAACCUACAUAUCAGUUUAUAAAUCUAACCAGCUUUCUGUGUGAAGAACACAUCCUCGAUUAACACCUGUGUUACAGUAUGGUGUAAUUUCAAUUAUGUCUGUAGUCUUACUUUCCUCAGCCUCAAAUCUUUUUUUUCUGGCCAUCUUGUUAUUUCUCUUUUUUUCAUUUUGUUUUUGUGUCCUUCUUACAUGGAUGUUCAUAACUUCUAUCAAUACUAUUUUCUUUGUUUUUGUGUACAAAUCAUCAUAGAAUAGCCAUACCCCAUUCACUGUUGUAUUUUAAUAGCAUUGAUUUAACCAAUCUCUGAAUUAUUAAUUAAGUUUCAGCAUUAAAGACCUGAAAAUAACAAUAUUGUUAUUUGUUUUAAAACAAAUCCUAGCUUUAUUUAUGCAUAUUAAUGACCAUUCAUAGUGUUGUCAAUAAGAUUUGGCUGCCGACCAAAAUGUACGGUUCAAAUGGCAAUUUUGCUGGGUCAAAUUUCGAAAAAUAAGUGAAUUUUAAGUACAAUAAGUAGUAGCUGGUCGGUUACUUCACUAUUUGAGAUGGUUUAAACUUAUUGAGAACCCUGCAUUCAUAGGUUACACCUGAGCCCAAUAACAAAUCCUACUUCCAGGUUACACAUAAUGACAUCAAUGACAUAAGACUCUUGAUUGUGUGCAUAUAUUUCUGUACCAGUUGUUACAUAACAAGAAAGUAGUUCCAGCAAUGUGUGUGUGUUUUCUGUGUGGCAUUACAACAGUAUGUUCAGUCUGUGAACAAGUAGUUUUAUCACUUUAUAUUUUCAUGUAUUUUGUAAUUAUGUUAAACAAUGAUUAUUGCUUUAUCAUUAUUUUUUAUGGAAUGUACCAACAGAAAUAAAUCAU